UACUGCUGCUGCUGCGUUCCUCUCACUGCCGUCCUGCCACAGCUCAGUGACACACUCUACACCCUGACACUCCCAAUACCCAACAGACUGAGUACUCAGUCAAAAGGUUCGGGUCUUAUCCUUUUUGAAAUAAUAUAUAAUAAUAAGCACAUGUCAUGUUAGACUGGCACUCUAGUAAAUGACGAGGUUGUGAAAGGCAGCCUCACAACGGUGAAUACUAACUCUCAGACUCUUCCUCUUGCCCUGGAACUAGACACUGAGAGAGUUCUUCCUUAGCUGUAUCUUAAUUUACACUAUUCACGUCACCCUUCGCUGAUUCCACAAAAAAAACAUUCAUUGAUUAGGACUGGAAAAUUCAGCAUCGCUACGUCACCCACUGUCAUGUAGUGGCAUGUCAGGGACUUGAGACGACGCUGUGCGUGGUCGUCGUACGGGCAGUAUGCCAGUCGCCUGUUGCUUUCAGCGACGUCAAUACCAAAGUUUAUUUUAAGAAUUGGUGUGCGUUUUAAGCCGUUCUCGACCUCUCCGGCAGCGGGUGGCCAUCUCGAGACACCAAACCAGUUGCCUCUACUGGAACUUCCUUCUUGGUUAGCGAGUGACGGGAGUUGGAAGUGACUUGAGGGCAGACGCGAUCAGAUACCCGCAUCCUCGAAAUCGACAUUAACACGACAAAAGGGAAAGCCCGUCGUGGCACACCCCUCCUUACUGCCAUGGAGUGUCAACAAGACAACGGGCACGCCAGCAUACACGAGUCUCAUGUUGCCGUUGCUGAAGUAAGAAGAUCUCCAACGCGCCAGAGGUGGCGCAGCACUCGCUGGCUCGUCCUGGUAGCUCUCAGCCUGGUCCUAGCGCACACCGAGGCCGGCGCUAAAGACCGCAACCCGAGCUACGCCCUGCCGGUCUACAGUCAAAAGCCCCGUGUCUGCCCGCCUCCAAAGGAAAUAUCUCCGUGCGUCUGCUCCGUCAUAUCUAAAGGUCUGGACAUAGUAUGCGACCACUCUGACGAGAGCCACAUACGCAACACCCUGAACGUGCUCAAGCAAAAGAGCGUUGCGGUCUACUGGAUGAAGUUCCGCAACUGCAAAUUGGCUCGCGUAUCCGACUUCAUCUUCAUGGGUUUGGACGUGAUCCAUCUAAACAUCAUCAGGAGUAACGUUAGCGUCAUCGAGACCUCCUCACUGUCAGCCCUCGGCAAGUCUCUGGAGAGCCUCGACCUCGCGAGCAACCUUCUAUCAGCUGUUCCAACAACGGCGCUGAGAAGCCAGGAGAUGUUGACGUUCUUGAACCUGAACUAUAACCGCAUAACCAGUCUCCCGGAGGCGGCGUUCGCUGGCAUGUCGGUGCUGCAGCGUCUGACGCUCUACGAGAACCGCAUCAAGGAGAUUCACCACAAUGCUUUCAAGGGCAUUCCACGGCUCACUCGGCUGAAUCUCGGUAAAAACCUAUUGGACAAAAUACCAUCGGAUUCUUUCCACCCUCUCGUUAAUCUCGAAGUUCUGGACAUCCAUGAGAACCACAUCGUGCACUUGCCUGACGCGGCUUUCCAAGGUCUGACAAAGCUGGACAUGUUGAAGCUUGAGCACAACCGCAUCGAAAUGAUCCAAGACAACGUGUUCCACGACUUGUCCUUGCUCAACUCCCUCAACAUCGAGCACAACAAAAUCGUCAACAUUAGCGACAAUGCCUUCAAUGGACUAGAAACAAACCUGGGUUGGCUGGAGCUCGGCAACAAUCGCCUCGAUCACAUCCCGAGCCACGCACUGCGCCCGCUCCACAGCCUCCGUCAACUCGACCUCGACUCGAACUCGAUCCAGGAAAUGCAGGAGGACGCGUUCCAAGGAUACGGAGACACGCUCAAAUACAUCAUACUCGAAAAGAACCACAUCAAGACAAUUCCUCGUCUAGCAUUCACCGACCUACACUCGCUGGAAUGGCUCAAGAUCGCCCACAACGAGAUUAAAACGAUCCCCGAAGACACGAUGCAACCUAUCCUCGACACGCUCAGGAUGCUCGAUCUCUCAAAUAACCCGCUGGUGUGCAGCUGCGAUAUUCUCUGGCUGAGACAUUGGUUGCUGAAUCCCCACCACGACAGCAACAACGUCGAAAGCAUCGGCGAGCACAUUUGCGUGACACCGGACCAGAAAUUUCACGUCAUUAAAACUCUAGAAGAGAAGGCGUUCAACUGUCCUCAUCCGCGUACUGGCGGAAGCACGCGCUGUGAAUCUUGUAACGCCAGCAGCACCAGUGAUGAUAGUAGCUUGGGUGAGGAGAGCCAGCCCUCUCCUUGGCCUGCAAAUGAACCCAAUGAGGUGGAGAUAAAGAACCCUCCUCAGCAGAAGACUUCAGGUGCCCCAGCCCUAACGACCAUGACCCUGGUGGUUCUCUGCUCUCUGCUAGCUUCGACCUUGGCUUCCUAACUACAUCGUCAAUCAUCAAAUCAAAUAUCUGAGAACCUUGGCGUCAAGCUAUCGACGGGAAAACUUCUGUCACGGAAUCGAGAUCAGGAGUGGAAGCGUGAUUAAGCCUGACAAUGCAUGGGCGAUUUGACAAGAACAAUCAUCCAUCAUCUUCAAGUCGGGACAUCGAUCGUGUUUCUUUCAAACACGCAGUAUGGAAUCGCUUCUUGCUCCAAAAGUGAUAACUGGAAAACUAUGCACGAAUUUCCGGCUAAGUUUAACAUGUUUUUUUUCUGGAAAAUUUUCAGAAGUCAACAGUAGCAUGAUCUUUGAAAUUUCGAUUACAGUUUUACCCACAUUAUUAGUCACAAGUAUUCACAUUCAUGUAUUUUGAAUUCAAAGAGCUGCCACAUGCAACUCCUACAUCAGUUCGCUAAGAAUUUUUUUUACUCGAUUUUUUGAGUCGACUCUGAUUAUUGUUGAGCUAGAUAGAAUUUCCACCGUAAAUUUGACGUCGUAGUUUCAAUGGAGUCCUAAUCAAAAGACGCGUAUUAAAGUUAUACAUGUACCGUAUCAUCUUAGUAUGGAUCGCUCCAGCAAACCAUCAUUCUCUUUACCAAAUUUCUUAUCACCGACUGACUUAUAUAGUCUCCCUUAUGUCAUAAUGGAUGGUAAAAAAUCAUAAUAGAAAAACCUAAAUAAAAAAGUUAGCCAAACACGAUUUCUCUGCAGAAUGUGGUUUAUUUUUAUUGUUUGAACUUUUGAGACCUAAUCACUGUCUAUAGACUGCAUGGUAUGUGCACACACCCUGUUCGUGUAAUGGCUGCGUGAUAAAAAGCGAACGCUGUGGGGAAAUUGUGCCGCAAAGCACACUCAUCAUCUGCUGUUAGACGCCUAUACAAAUAUCAUAGAUAUUUGAGGCAGUUACCGGUUGUUAUUGAAGUAUUCGUGUGUUUCUACGAUUUUGCUCUACACGCAAGAAUUAGUUCUUUUUAGCUUCAGCGACGUCAUCUCUAUUUUUGAAUUGCAUAUAUGAGGUAUAACCAUAUAAUCCUAAUUCAUCACAAUGAAAUAUAUAACAGUUGAAAUUAGAAUUCGGUCAAUAUUGUAAGUGUGAGCUCAAUGAUCAAACUGCUAAUGGGGAUGGCUAGAAACUUGGUAUUUAAAAUUCUUAAAGAAAGGUCAUGAGGUUUUUCGAAGAAACACAAGUGUAGUCGCCACGUCAUAUAGGCACUGAUAGAAUUCUUAGACCAUGACAGGAAAAAUCGAUCUCAUGUCUUGCAUAGCGUAGAGUUGGACCAUAUCGAGAAUAGUCUCUUAUAAUAUUUUACUCGUAUUUUUGAAUAAUAAACACUCCUGCAUGAAAUGAUACUUGUGAUCUGUAAAUUGUUUAGAUCUUACAUUAGAUACGAUAUUUUAAACAUUCUUGCAAGCUGCAACCGCAUUUCACUGGAGCUGUUUAUCAGACGGCUAUUGAUUCGGAAAUUAUUAAACCAGAUAAAUUCUCUUGAAUAAAAUGAAGAAGUAUAAUAUUUUCAAUGUCAUUAAAAAAAUGGGAUGAUAUCUGAGAAUAAAGUCAUGAUAAAUAUGGAGUACCUUGAAGCGAAAAUUGAGUUCGCAUUCGUAAUAAAAUUGAACAGAACGGUGUGGAUAUGUCUUGUUUGCUCACCCGAAGAUGAGUCUUCUCAUAUCCUUCAAAUUAAGCAUAAGAGGACAUAAGAGUCUUCAGUACUUGGACAAGCGGGUAUCUCAUGCCUGAAUUUGCAUAUCAAUAUAAAAUUGCUAAUGAUCGGGGAUUUUCUUCAUAACAUCCGUAGGUCGUAUUGAGGAUAACACCCAAUAUCAUUCACGCCCAGCAUUACUGUGCUAAAAUGAGCAUUCACAUUUGUUCUCUGUAACCUUCUAUGAGAUUUGCAGUCUUAUCUUGAUGUUCGUCGUGUUGUGCUGUGAUCGGGCUAGUGUGAGUGUUGAUGCUUCAGCCGAGUUCAUUUGAUGAAGUAUUUUUGUGAAUACAUUCCUUCUUUAUUCGUGGAUAUCGAGAUUUUGGACAGGAAUGUUCAAUAAUAAAUGAAUUAUUCUUCUGUGUGUGUAUUCUAUCUAGUCUGCAAAAUAUUUUCCAUUGUGCCAUAGAAUUAUAAUUUUUGCUUGUUGGAUAGAUUAGUGGCGAGUCACCACCCCA